AUUAAGAGAAAGCCUGAGUUGGAUGGGGAUGAUAUCUUUUCUCGUCUUGCUCAGUGUACUUUAUCCCCACAGUUUUCUGUUAUCCAUCCUCGUGCGUCCCUCUGCCAGCUAAAAAGAACCCUGGGUUGGAGCUACUACUUGUUGCAUUGGUCUCGGCAGCAACCUAGGUUUUGUUUUUGUUUUGGCUGUUUGUUUUGUUGGCUUCUAUGAGGGAAUCUGACAAAGAGCAACUGUUUGUUGUUUUAUUUUCUUUUGCGUCUUUGCCUGAGGAGCCGUGCCAAGGCCUGAUAUCCGGUACAGAACAUGUUCCUUCUCCUGCUAAUUUUGAGCCUGGGAAUGCCGCUUCAUCAGACAGCAGCUUUCUUCACAGUGACAGUCCCAAAGGAAAUGUACACGGUAGACUACGGUGGCAAUGUGACCUUGGAGUGUGAUUUUGACACCGGAGGUCAUGUGGAACUCGGAGUUUUAAAAGCCAGUUUGCAAAAGGUGGAAAAUGAUACAACCUUGCUCAGUGAAAGAGCCAUUUUGCUAGAGGAGCAGCUGCCCCUGGGGAAGGCCUUGUUCCACAUCCCCCAAGUCCAAGUGAGAGAUGCAGGGCAGUACCGCUGCCUGAUCAUCUAUGGGAUCGCCUGGGACUACAAGUACCUGACUCUGAAAGUCAAAGCUUCCUACAAGAAAAUAAACACUCGCAAUCUUAAGGUCCCAGGGACAGAUGAAGUAGAGCUCACCUGCCAGGCUGUAGGCUAUCCCCUGGCAGAAGUGUCCUGGCCAAAUAUCAGUGUUCCUACCAACACCAGCCACACCAAGACCUCUGAAGGCCUCUACCAGGUCACUAGCGUUCUGCGCCUAAAGCCGCACCCUGGCAGGAAUUUCAGCUGUGUGUUCUGGAACGCCAAUAUGAAGGAACUCACUUCGGCCAUCGUUGACCAAGGUAAUCUGGAAUCCCCCGAGACCCCUCCAUCUUCACUGCUUCAUAUUUUCAUCCUCUCCUUCAUCAUUGCUUUAAUGUUCAUAGCCACAAUGAUAGUCCUAAGAAAACGGCUCUACCAAAAGUUUUAUUCUGGAAAAGGCACAACAAAAAGAUAUGUCACCACGGUAAGGAGGGAAGUGGACAGAGCUUUGCUCCAGGAUGAUGCUCAGGCACCACCUCCAGGCUGAAAGCUUCUCCAACAUUUCACCUUUCCAACCUUAGUGACUGCUAGACCAUGAGUUCCGCACCUCCCAAGCAGAGGCUUAAGAUAAGCACACCUGGAUAGUAAGGAAUAAGAGAGGAAAGGGAAGGGCAAGCAGAGGAAUCUGCCUUCUCUUCCUUCUGUUUUAAUUUGCUGGUGGUUAUGAGGUUAACUUCCUUGGGCCUCUGUUCUCCUUAACUCUGAAUUAUAGGUACUGUCACUGAGACACCCUGAAGGUAGAUCUAUUGAUGACAGAUUUGUGAAAACAAGGAAAACACCAUGUUUGGUAAUAUCUAGAGAAUAUGCCUUCAAAGCAAACCCUUAGUUCUCAUCAGCUCUCACCUAAACCACUGUUAUUCAGACUUUAAUGUGCACAUGAACCACCUUAUUAAACAUUAAGCUUAUUACAAUGCAGGUUCAGAUUCAGUAGGUCUUGGUGGGGCCCAAGAUUCUGCACUUCUAAAAGUUGCCUGGUAAUGCCAAAGCUGCCCUGCAGACGAGUCUAGAACUUUGAGUAACAAGGACCUAGACAAUUGCUACAGUAUGAUGCAGCUUCAGUUCCUGCCAAAUCUCUCCCACACUCAUCACCCCACUUGGCACUGUGCCAUCAUCAAUGACUUGCAGAGCCUCAGGCGCACCAUGCUCUUCAAACCUGCAUGGCUUUGUACAUCUUCCCUCUGCCCUUCACCCCCCUUCACUGGAUGAGCUUCUCCGUGUCUCAGCUCGCAUGUAAGCUCUUCUAUGAAAAUUCUCCCAGCUCCCCAUCCUACCAGAUCGCCACGCCCUCUCUCCUCUGUGCUCAUCGCACUGUACUAUAACAUGCUUUCUCCACGUCCAGGGCUAUUGCAUAGGGUUGCUCAGGUUGAGUCCAAGGACAAGGGCCCCUGGUCAAGGUGGCAAGAGGGGCUUGAAAUCCAUCCUGUUCUCCACUUGCCCAUUGGUGGAGCCCUGGUGCAGAGCUGCCUCCACCAAGAGGGAGGGAUGACCUCUUCUAAUUCACACAUGGCACCAUAUGGGCUGAUUUUCUGUCUUUUCUACCAGAUGUGGGGUCCUUGAGGAAGGAAUCAAGUCUCAUUCAUCUUUAUGUUUUUAUCUGCUAGCAUAGUGCCUGUCACUAUUCAGUGUUCAAUGAAAUGUUUGUUGAAUGGAUAAAUCAUGAGAAAAAGAAAUGAGCCACUGAAAGCAACGCACAGACAAUAAUUUCAUUCAAUUCUAAAGGUAAAUUAACUGAAUUGUAAGCAAGAGGUCUAGGAUUUGCUAAUGUGCUGCUUAAAAGGCAAGGUCUUCAAAACCCCAUUUUACUAAAAGGAUUAUAAUAGGUAUUAGUGAAAAGAUGUAAAGGCUACAGUCAGCACCUUUAGAAGACUCAUCAGUACCAGCAAAGACAUAGGCUGCCCAGAAUCAAUACUAAAUUGUCAUGUCCUUUUAGAUCUAGGGGAAGACGAGGGAGAUUCUGAGCAUAUUAUUUGGUCAUAAGAUUUAGAGGCUACUAAAAUCAGCAAAAAAGUCCUGAGAACAAGAAGAGGUGAUGACAAAACCAUGUAUUUACAUAGAAGGGCUGAAGUCAGAAACAAAAGAGAGAAUGUGUUGGAUUGUGAAAAUGAGGAUCCCACAACUGCUAAGGGCCUGGGCUUUGUUGAGAAAGGCACAGCCCAGAUGAAUAAGCGUCUUGAUACAAAUCUCUAAAAUGGGUUCGUUUGAUCUUCUUUGCAUGAGUUCCUCAGGUGUUUCCCAAGACAGUCUCUCUGACAAGACUGUAAGCUCCCAGAAGUUGGGACCAACGCUUAGACACCUUUUAUCUUCCUGAGAGUGUGUGAUACUCCGUGAAAUGAAGUAGGUGCUGAAUUUGCAGGGAGUUUACAGCUGUCACUGACGAUAAAAUAAGCAAGCACAAAGUGCUAAUCAUCCUCAGCCGAAAUAUCCAGAAUUCCACCUCAGCACUGAGAAAGAGAUCCUUUGAGAAACGUCCUCAUACGUUGCAAAAACCCAACCUGGGCUUUGCCUUCUUACAUCAUCUUAUUCUCAUUAAGGCCAAUUUCCGAAGUUACAGCUGUGGUUCUGCAGUAAGGGGAACUGAGAAUCUUGAAUACUGUAUGCUACCACAUGACUUCAGGAUAAAAUGUUAUUCAAAACAAAACCUAAUUUAAACACACACACGCACGAAGUAGGCUAAGAUCACCAGACUUCCAUUUACCUCUUAACAAAAUUUAAUCCCAGAUCUCCGGCAAACAAUUGGGAGGCAUUUGAGAGCAUUUGGGGCCUUAUCAUUUCAUCUAAGGGACCAACAUUUGUGAUCAGGGUGAUAAGGAGUCAUUACCAAAAAGAAGAGAAAUGAGGUCUUUCUGACACAUCACCAUCAUGAGACUUACCACUGAUAACUGCCCAGGACCCAUGGACUACGCUGGAGUCAAGAAUUGGGUAAUUGCAAAGAUUCCUCUUUUUAGAGCAAUAAAAAGUGCUGACUUCAUGCCCUUAUUCCCUGGGUCAUUUCUAGAAGAAAGGCAAGCUAGUUAAUUUAUUUUUUUCAUAAGAAAAUAGGCCAAAUAGCAAAUACUCAUUUUUAAAAGGCUUUUAAUUCUUAAAAAAUGCAUUCUCAUUUUAGAAAAAAUUUUAAAGCAUAAGAAAAGUCACCCCCGCCCCCAAAAAAGCAUCCCUCCAAUUGCCACCAACUAGCACAACCUUACCAAAAGCUUACUGUAGCUUUUCAAGCCAUAGAGAAAAUCAACACAUGAAAACUGUGUUCAUACAUUCACUAAAUGAACCAAAUGCAGGCUAUGUUCCUACACUCUGAGGAUCCGUGGAAUUGUGCAAGUAAAAUAAUCUGGAAAUCUUAAUGUCAAAUUCAAAAAUUAAGAAAAUAUGUGAAUAUUGAUCACUUCUUUCAAUGGAUGCGAGUGCAGAUUUCCUGAUCUGUCACAUGGCUUUUAUUUUUUAACCAAACAGGAAAGGUUUUGACAUCCUUGUUUGCUGUUUCUGCAUCUCGGAGAAAAGCUGAAAGCACCUUCUCAGAUACUGGCUGGCACACACAAAAAAAACAUUCAGGAAAGUUAGAGAAAUUCCAGAAUGUUAUUUAUCAAGCAGUUCAGAUGUAUCCUUCUGAAAAAGAUUAACUCUGGAAAUUUUAUUACUUAGAAUGUCACUUAUAAGAUAUUACAAGACAUUUCUUCUGUGUCCAUAACAUUUUUUACUUCUUUUUCUUUAACUAGAGUAUAAUUGCUUUACAAUGUUGUGUUAGUUUCUGCUGUACAACGAAG